CCCUUCCUCUCUCCCCAGCUGCAAAUUCCUUCCCUUUGUACCGAGAGAGAAAGCAAGUGAAGUCGAAAAACCCUCAUGCUCAUUUUCUUCUCUAAAUAUAGCCACUGAUGAGCAAGACCCACCACUGAUAGAUUAAACUAUAUAGUCUCGCUUAUUUCAUACACUGCCUCUCUCCCUCUCUCUAACAACAAGCCAGUCACUUUAAUGGAAGGAGGAGAUGAUCUCCACCACCACCACCACCACAACCACCAUCAUCACCACCGUCCCACCUUUCCCUUUCAGCUCCUCGAGAAGAAAGAAGAUCAGGAAGCUGCUUCUUGCUCCACGUCUUCCCCUUACCCUUCUCUAGCCAUCUCUGCCGAACCUGCCUCCCCCAAUCCCAAUCGAUCCAACCAGAUCGUUCCUUCCACCGAACCUGCUUCCAAUAAGAAGCCUCCGCCUAAGAGAACCUCCACCAAGGACCGCCACACCAAGGUCGACGGACGUGGCCGUCGCAUUAGAAUGCCUGCCCUUUGUGCAGCUCGAGUCUUCCAGCUCACUCGCGAGCUCGGCCACAAGUCUGACGGUGAGACCAUCGAGUGGCUGCUCCAGCAGGCUGAGCCUGCUGUCAUCGCUGCCACCGGCACUGGGACCAUCCCGGCUAACUUCACUUCGCUUAACAUAUCCUUGAGGAGCUCAGGAUCCACUAUGUCGGUCCCUUCUCAGUUAAGAUCGUCCUACUUUAACCCCAACUUCUCCGUCCAACAGCGCCGGAGUCUAUUCCCAGGAAUUGGUUUGUCUUCCGAUAAUACCCCCGCCUCUACGCUUCUAAAUUUUCAAUCCAGUAACCUAACCACAAACCUGUUGCAAGCUAAGCAAGAGCUGCGCGAGGGGGAGGGUCCGCCUUCGGCUGCUACGACGUUGGAUUUUUCGCCAGACACCCCGGAAGAAGGGAUGGGAAGGAAACGGCGGCCGACGGAGCAGGACUUGUCGUCAACGCAGCAUCAAAUGGGGAGUUAUCUGUUGCAGUCGAGCGCAGGGGCGAUCCCGGCCAGCCAUGCUCAGAUUCCAGCCAACAUUUGGAUGUUGACGAAUUCAAGUAACCAGGUCAUGAGCGGUGAUCCUAUAUGGACAUUCCCGUCGGUAAACAACAGUGGAUUGUAUAGGGGAAGCAUGUCAAGUGCGUUGCACUUCAUGAACUUCCCCACACCCAUGGCCUUAUUGCCGAGUCAGCAAUUAGGUUCGUCGGGGAUAAGUAGUGGCGGCGGGGGCGGGGCCGGGGGCGGGGGCGGCAACAUUAACGAAGGACAUUUGAGCAUGCUGGCAGGGCUGAGCCCGUACCGGCCGGUGAUCGGGCUGUCAGAGUCUCAGGCGAGCGGGUCCCACUCACAUCACGGAGGCGGAGGCGACGAUCGGCACGACACCACCAGCCACCACUCAUAGAGAGGAUCAUCAUGAUGUGCUUCCUUACAUGUGUAGUUGUUUGAUGAUGUAUUGACACACGUGAGGUUUGAUUGUUGUUAAAAAUUCAGUUUAAUUUAUUUCUUCCCAGAUUAAAUUUUUUUGGUGUGAUUAAUAUAUUUUGGAAGAGAGCGCGAGGAGCUGUGAGAAGGAGGAAGGAAAGACAUCUCAGGAGAGGGUUUUUUUAGGGUUUGAGGAAAGAUGAUGACACUAUUUAACAAUGGGGGUAUUUGGGUGCCUCUUUAUUUAUUUUUUUUCCAAAAUUUUUUAUAU